GGAGUAAAAAUGAAGGGUAAGGAAGAUUUGGAAAUUCUACAACUAUUACAGGAAGAAAAUACACUACAAUAUGAUGAAAAUAGAGAGAAGAUAAGGCAGCAAGCCAAAGAACAGAUUCUAAAGAUACAAGAGGAAAAUAAAAAACAAUAUGAUAGAAAGAGGAAGGAAAGUUCAAAGUAUAAGGAAGGUGAUUUAGUGGCGAUUAAAAGAACACAGUUCGGUCCAGGGUUGAAGCUGAAACCUAAAUACCUAGGCCCUUAUAGAGUGGUGAAAUGCAAGCGUAAGGAUCGCUAUGACGUAGAGAAACUUGAUAGUUCUGUAGAGGGUCCCCAGCGUUCAUCCAGUUCAGCUGACCAAAUGAAGAGAUGGCCUCAACACGGUGACGCCGAGAUGCUGGAGGAGUAG